AUGGAUUUGUAUUACAACAUCCUGUCCCCACCGUCACGGGCCAUACUGCUGCUCGGUGAAGCUUUGCAUCUGAAGUUCAACCUGAUCAGCUUGGACGUGCACCGGAAGGACUAUGUGAACGCGGAGUUUAAGAAGAUCAACCCACAGCACACGGUACCGACGCUCGUGGUCGAUAGUGUGGCCAUCUGUGAGCCGGGCGCUAUACUGAUCUACCUGGCGGAGCAGUACGCACCAGCGGGCAGCACCUACUAUCCACCCGAUCCGUUGCGUCGUGCGAUCGUGAACCAACGGCUUCUGUUUGAGUGCGGCACGCUGUACAAGUGCAUCUUCGUGUACUACAGCCCGGUCGUGCUGGAACGGGCCGUGCCGGUGGAGACGGACCGGCAAAAGCUGGACGAAGCGGUUGCAGUGCUGAACGGAAUACUACAGCACAGUGCGUUUGUGGCGGGCGAUUGUCUGACCGUGGCCGAUUACUCGCUGGUCUGUACCGUGUCCAUGCUGGUGCUGUUGAAGUUUGAGCUAGCACCGUACGCAGCCGUCCGCCGGUGGUACGAACGGUGCAAGGAGGUGAUCGCUGGUUACACGGACCUCACACAGCGUGCCGUCGCGAUGUUCCAAAAAUGGAUGGAGCAGGAAAAGAGCAAAGUCUAG